CCAUGCGCGUUCGAAGAGGUGGUUAAAAGAAAAAGUUUUUUUUUUUCUAAUCCAUCGCGAAGCAGAAGCAUCUCGAGAGCGAAGGGAAACCCUAGCUGAGAGGAGAGGAGCGCCAUGGACGACGACUACCAAGGAAUGGAGCGCUUCGGCAUGGAGAACGACUUCGAGGGCGGCCAGUGGAUCGAUGGCGAGUUCUACUACCGCCGCCGGAAGGAGCGCGCCCCACAGACCCGCGACGACGCCAUCUACGGCACCUUCGCCGUCGGCUCGUCGGACUCUGACUCCGACGGCGGUGGCAGCCGCCGCUCCCGGAAGCGCCGCCGCGGCGAUCUCAUCUCCAAGCCCGACCUCUCCAAGCCCGUCCACUUCGUCUCCACUGGCACCGUCAUGCCCAGCCAGGAGAUCGACCGGAAUCUCGAGGAAGACGCCCACAAUCCCCCCGCCGACAAGCCUAAUCCUAGCCAGGGCCUGGGAUAUGGGCUAGGGUUCCGCGCCGAUUCCAAGGAUAUGGAGAACGGCGCCGGUGAGGUCGAGGAGGAGGACGAGGACAAUUUCCUCCCAACGGCGUUCGGGAGGAAGAUCAAGGAAGGGGCUCAGCGGCGGCAGAAGGAAAAGGAGAUGGAGAGGCAGAGGGAGAAAGAGGGUUCUAAAUCGACGAGAAAAUCCCUUGGGAGGAGGGAUGUCACUGGCACAGAGGACAUUGGUAAGUUUGAAAACCACACGAAGGGCAUCGGAAUGAAGCUUUUGAAGUUGAUGGGUUACAAGGAAGGAAGCGGAUUGGGGAAGAACAAGCAGGGAAUUGUUGCUCCGAUCGAGGCAAAGCUCCGGCCGAAGAACAUGGGAAUGGGGUUUAAUGAUUACAAAGAAGCGAAAUUGCCAGUUUUGGAAGAAGCUGUGCCGCAGGAGAAGGCAGCAGCCAACUCUGUGGCUGUUGGUCGCUCCAGGGAGAAGAGGUGGUUGAAGCAGAAGCAAGGGAAGAACAAAGCUGAGAUUUUGAGUGCCGAGGAGCUGCUGGCGAAGAAGCAGGAGCAGGGGAUUGAGGUUGUCCAGAAGGUGCUUGAUAUGAGAGGCCCGCAGGUCAAGGUGCUGACGAGUUUGGAAAAUUUGAAUGCGGAGGAAGAGGCGAAGGAGAGCGAGGUGCCGAUGCCUGAGCUUCAGUAUAAUGUGAGAUUGAUCGUGGAUACUACCGAGGUCGACAUACAGAGGCUUGACCGGGAUUUGAGGAGGGAAAGGGAGAAAGUAGUGAGCUUGCAGAGGGAAAAGGAGAAGAUUUUGAAGGAGGAGGCCCGGCAAAGGCAACAGCUUCAAGUGCUGGAGAGGAUAGCUGGUGUGUUGGAGAAGGUGAGGGAGGAGAACGUUUCGGGAGCCUUGACGCUGGAUUCAUUACUGAAAACGUUCAGCGAUCUCAAGGAUCAGUAUGAAGAGGAUUACACGUUGUGCAACCUUUCAUGCAUUGCCUGUUCAUUUGCAUACCCGUUGCUGAUCCGGGUGUUUCAGGGCUGGGAGCCGCUGCAGAACCCAUCACAUGGAUGGAAUCUCAUGUCCUCUUGGAGGGAUUUGUUGCAGGGGGAUCAGCCAUUUGAUUAUUCGGACAAUGCAUUGACCACUUCACCCUAUGCCCAGCUGGUCAAUGAGGUUGUUUUCCCUGCAGUGAGGAUAUCGGGAACCAACACUUGGCAGGCUAGGGACCCAGAGCCAAUGCUUCGGUUCUUGGAGGCUUGGGAACGGCUGCUACCUCCAGUGGUUCUUCAAUCCAUUUUAGAGAAUGUGGUCAUGCCAAAACUGACAGCCGCUGUGGAUUCAUGGGAUCCUCGCCGAGAGACUGUCCCCAUCCAUGUUUGGAUACACCCAUGGCUUCCACUGCUGGGACAGAGAUUGGAAGCUCUCUAUCACACGAUACGCUACAAGCUGGGUAAUGUUCUUCAUGCGUGGCAUGCAAGUGAUGCAUCAGCUUAUGCUAUUCUGUCUCCAUGGAAGGAUGUGUUUGAUGCAGCUAGCUGGGAGCACCUUAUUGUACGCUACAUAGUACCGAAGUUGAAAAUUGCAUUGCAGGAAUUUCAAAUAAACCCUGCUAAUCAGAGACUCGAUCAGUUUAACUGGGUAAUGAUGUGGGCAGCUGCAAUCCCGAUUCACCAUAUGGUUCAUUUGUUGGAGGUCGAAUUUUUCAGCAAGUGGCAGCAGGUUCUAUACCACUGGCUAUGCUCGAAUCCUGAUUUUAAUGAAGUUAUGCAGUGGUAUAUAGGCUGGAAGGGGCUUUUCCCUCCGGAAUUACUUGCCAAUGAGCGGAUUCGUGUUCUACUAAGUACGGGUUUAGACAUGAUGAACCAAGCAGUGGAGGGAAUGGAGGUUGUGCAACCUGGUGCUCGAGAGAAUGUGAGCUAUUUAAGAGUGACAGAGAGGAGGCAAUUCGAGGCCCAACAGCAAGCUGCAACAUCUUCAAACAUUCAUGUGAACGGUGGAGGCAGUGCACCACCAGAAACAAGCUUUAAAGAAUUUAUUGAGGCUUAUGCAAUAGAGAAAGGGUUGAUUUUUGUGCCAAAACCUGGUAGAUCAUACAAUGGUCUUCCAGUCUAUGGAUUUGGCAACGUGAGCAUUUGCAUAGAUUCUGUGAAACAACUGCUUUUUGCACAAGUACAGGAGGGUGAGAGGUGGAGUGCGGUCUCCCUCAAUCAACUAAUGGAGAUGCAUCGAAUCACUGCUCGUCGUUGAAAGAUCUCUCACUUCUAUCAGCCGGUUUACAAAAUGCAUUAGUAGCACAAAAAUUCCUUCUGGAGCAGAUACCUUGAAGAGAACGAAGACCCUUUCUGAAUUGCAGCUUGACAAGUUUUACCAUUGUUCGACUCCUGAUAGUAAUUGGAAGUCUCCUUAGGUUGAUGACUGCAGUAUGCAAAGAUCAUAAGUUACUCCUGGAAUUCGUUCUGUGCAUGUGGAAAUUGGAUGGCUGGACCAAACGUUGUAAAUAUAUAGUUACAAAAAAAGGAGCCCUGCGGUUCUAGAGAUGAUCUAAACCCUUUUCAAAUGUGAUUGCAUUUACGAUGAGGAAUUUGAUGAGCAGGAUUCUAACAAUAGUUCCAGUAUUGUACUUGGUACAUAUUGGUGUUUCCUCGCUGUUGCUUUAGUUGCAAACUGCAAACUAAUUUG